UGUUUGGCAGUGGAUGUCAUGCUCAGAAAUUGCAUGCUUAAUCUAUAAAUUUGUUUUUUAAAAUGUAAAAGGUAUAUUGGUAAAUUAAUUAAAAUGAUUUCCUUUCUUUUUUCCUCUAUUAUUCUUUUUUUUUUCAUUAAUUAACACGAUAAGAAUAUAUAACUUUCCUUUCAUCUCCUUUCCUUUCUUUUCCCUCGUAACAAAUGUUAUGCUUAAAACUAGACAGUGACGAAAAAUUGAAAUCGCCGUCUUGGAGAAGAGAGAGAUGUCUAAUUGGAAGGGUUUUGGUGAUCGGUUGCUGCGUUGCCGCCUGUCUAUGCUUAAAACAUGGGGCAAUUGUUCCAAUUCGGCGGCCAGAUUUUACCACUCCACAUGCGGUGGUGGUGGUAGUGGUAAGGGUGGUGGUUUUCUCUCUCCCGUCCGAUCAUCAGAGUAUUUUCUUCGUCUUGGAGGCAGAUCGGUCGGAGCGUUGAAAAAAGGUGCGACCUUCUCGUCAAUCCAACCUCAUUUUUUUUCUUCUUGUGCUAAAGCAACAACAGAUGUAGUAGUAGUAGUUGAAGAGGAGGCACGAGGACCCCUCCCUCUUCAAUCGGCACCGUGGCUCAUGCUACCGGCUGGAUGUGGGUUGGUUGCUGAAGGCGACAGCGGAAGGUACAAGCUUGAGGCGAAGGACGGCGAGAGGGAUUACUACCGGUUCUUUAGCCUUAGGGAGAAGAAAGUGGUGAAGAUGAAGACGAAUCUUAUGCUUCCAUGGCAAAGGGAAUUACUUUCCCCCGACGAGGCCAUCUGCUUCGGUUCGUCUCGUGGCUGGCUCGCCUUUAUCCACUCUCGCAAUUCCUCUCUCUAUUUUUUCAAUCCUUCCAUUCACUCUUAUCUCCCUUACCUCCCCCUCCCUCCUAUCCAAACCCUCCCUUCUUUCAUCUCAUCAUCACGCCACAAUUCCAAUAUGCAUUCACCAUCUUAUUCUUCUUCAUCCAUAAAUUAUAAUGAUAUUGUUACCGAGUUUAUGUUGUGGAAUAACUACUCGCCCAUAUCAUCUCAAGAUCUGAAUAAGGAGGAGGUUUUCUUUAAGAAGAUUGUUUUAUCCUCAGCCCCGUCCCCAUUCCCUUCCAAUCAUCAUCUUCAUAUUGAAAACACCAAUAAUAAUAGUAAUAAUAAUAAUACUAAUGAGGAGAGUACUUGUUCUUGUGAUUGCACUGUUAUGGCCAUCCAAGGUUACAAGCAAUACAAACUCGCCUUCUGCAAAAUUGGGGAUACUUCAUGGACUGCCUUAAAUGGAGCAGCAACAGGAUACAAUGAUGUCAUCUAUUUCAGCAAGGAACAAACUUUUUAUGCCUUCUCCCACAGUGAUGAAAUUAUAGAAGCUUGGGAUCUCAGUAACCCUGCCUCUCCAAAGAAUACUAGCAUUAUUUCUCAUUUGCCUCCUUGGGUACACCCCACAAUGGACGAACACCAAAGCCUGCUCAGACGUGUUUGGGAUCCCGAUCAUUAUCUAGUGGAGUCUUCCGGUGAGUUGUUGAUGGUUGUUAGGUACUAUAAGGAUGGUAAACAGAUAAAGACCAUUCUAUUUGAUGUGUAUAAGCUAGACUUUGUUAACAAGGAGUGGCUACUCUUGCCAAGUCUGGGCAACAGGGCACUAUUUGUCGGCCUUAACGACUCUGUCUCUGUCUCUGCCUCUGAUUUUCCCGGGUUGGCCAUGAAUUGUAUUUACUUCACUAAUCCUGGCAUACUCCCCGAAGACUUUCACGAUUUGGGUAUCUUCAACUUGGAAGAUAACACCAUCACUCCAAUUUAUGAUUAUGACUUGAAGAUUCAACUGCCUUCUAUCUGGAUUGUCCCACCUCAGCAAUGAAGAAAAAUGGAGCCCGCCUCUGUUAAACAGAUGGAGUUGGCACGUUUACAAGGCACGUGAUAGUUAGAUGCAUUUAGUUUUGCUAUUUUGUUAUUUAGUUUUUAUUUCUAUCUUGAGUGGUUAUGUACCGAGGAUAGUCAUGUACUGGAAUAAUUAUGAGAAUUUUAUUAGUGGAUAUUUUGUGGAUUUUAUUUAUUAAAUGAUAUUUUAGUUGGGUUAUUUGAUAUUGUUGUG